AUGACUACACCUACAAGACCUAGACGGUCGGCUAGUAACAAUCCCAUCAUAAUGAAUGGUCCUACUGUACCAGGAAGACUGUUAGGACCAUCCAAUGAUAAUGAAACUCAACCAUUAAUGAACACACAAUUUGCCCAAUCAAAUGAUUAUACCAGCACUAAUAACAGUACCUUAUAUAGAAGAGCAAGAAGUGCCAGUGAAAUCAGUAUGCAAUCAAUUAAAGAUGAGAUAGUCAAAUUCAGUAAAAGGAGGUUCUGGUGGUUCUGUGGGUUUGGUGUAAUUGCCAUAAUAAUAUUCCAUUUAACUUUCUUACCUCGGACUUCAUUGAGUAGAGAUUAUAGGAGAUGGCAUGAUAUACGUUUAACUAAAACCGACGUCAAAAGAAACUAUUUGCUAUAUAGUGGGGAUAAUAAGUUUGAGACUUUCACCAAUGAGCAGUACAUUGGCUGGACCUUAGGGAAUUUACUGUCAAUUAAUGGUGAACACUCAGUCAACUUAAACGACGAAACCAAUGAUCGAUUGGGAACUUAUAUUGAAGCCCAUUUCAAAAAAUACGGUUUAACGACGGAGGUUGAUGAAUAUGGCAGUAACUUGACGCUACCAAUCGAUACAUUCAUCGAAGUGUUCGACGAUAAUGGGGUUGCAUACCUGCAAGAAAUCAAGGAAGGAGAAAUUCCGGGGUAUUAUGGGUUUGGUAAAAAUGCUGACGUUGAAGGAGAUUUCAUGUUGGUCCAAAAUGGGUCGGAAAAAGACUACGAAAGGUUGAUUGAGGAUGGUUUUGAUGUGGCUGACAAGAUCGUUGUCAUAAAUUCUACAUUUCCUUGUGAGAGAACAAUAGUGGAAAAGGCGUUAAUAGGGGAAAGAUUUGGAGUAAAAGGUAUAGUUCAUUACUAUGAUAUACCGAACAAAAAAGCUAUCAUCAGAGAUACACUUUCGUAUAACUAUGGCAAUUUGAGCACUGUUGGUAUACCAGUCAUACCCGUUGAUGUGAAAACGGUCACCCCUAUCCUAAAUUCAAUUGGUGUCAAUAAAGUAUCUCCAGACUCAGCAACAUUGAAACUAAGAUUCAAAAGUAGAUUCACCACCAAAGCUACCACUGCGAAGAAUAUCAUUGGAUCUUUGAGUGGUAUAAUCAAGGAUGGUGAUAUCAUCAUAGGAGCUUCAAGAGAUUCAUUUACCGCUUCAAAUCCUUCGUCUAAUAAUGUGAUCAUGCUUGAAAUCUUGAGACAUUAUUCAAAGUUGAUCAAGUUAGGUUGGAAACCGUUGAGAAAUUUAAAGUUUAUCUCUUUUGAUCAAUCCAAAAACGGACUUGUUGGUUCACAAGAAUUUCUUAACAACUAUAGCCGAAAUGUGGUUGCUUUCAUAAAUUUGGACGAUGACAUAAUCACUGGUGAUAUUUUAAAAGUCUCAUCCAAUCCGUUAUUGAAUCAUCUCAUUAAGAGAGUUACUAAAUUGAUACCGGUUCCUGACAGCUUUUUUGACGAGAACGACCACUUGGUAGGGAACGAUGUUGAUGAAACUGGAGAUGAUGACGAUGAUGGUGAUGAAGGUGAUAAUGAAGGUAAGACAUUGUUCAAGUAUUGGAAAAUUCAAGACAACCAUACUUUCGACAACGAGUUAGGUAAAUCCUUAGCUAAUUCUGAUAGUUUAAUCUUCCAAUACCAUAGAAAUACUCCAGUUUUGAACAUGAAGUUCACGGGAUCUCCAGAUUAUUUCCCCAAUUCAGCAUAUCAUGAUCGUAAAUGGGUAGGUAAGAUAGAUCCUCAUUUUGAGUUACAUAGAACUUUGACCAGAUUUUUGGGUUUGUUCAUUAUUAGUCUCAGUGAACAUGAGGUAAUAAAUUUCAGAACUCAUCAAUAUUGCAAUGUUGUCAACAAGAAGUUCGAGAAGUACCUUCUCGACAAUGAAGAUACUCUUAAAAGUUGGGAAUCGAAAAAGCUUGAAGAUUUCGAUGAUUUUGGGAAAUUCGUCAAUGAAUUCAAAAAGUUGAGCCAAACAUUGUUAAGUCAAUCCAUAACUUUUGAUAAGUAUAACAAGGAAGUACAAGAAGGGCUAAUCCAAGAUUAUCCAUGGUUCCAGGCGUUUAAGAAGUUGAAGGUUUGGGCUCAAUUCAAAGUCACCAACUACAAAUUGUUGAAUUUGGAUAAAUACUUGAAGAAAGAAGGAUGGUUCAGUCACUUACUUUAUAACUUGCCCCACAUCAAUGAUGAAAUUGAUGACAGUUUAUUGUAUGAUGUUAUUCAUUCAACUAAACAAGGAGAUUUCGAAAAAACGGUUCACCAUCUAGUUAAAAUCUAUCACGUGUACGAGAACUUGGUCAAAAAGAUGUCGUGA